GCAAAUGCGGUUCGAUAAAGUGUGGGGCCAACGCCACGUGCAGCACGGAUGAGGCAGGGGAUGCAUCCUGUUCCUGUGACAAGGGCUUCGAAAGGCUUGCCAAUGGCACUUGUGCUGGCAAAUGCGGUUCGAUAAAGUGUGGGGCCAACGCCACGUGCAGCACGGAUGAGGCAGGGGAUGCAUCCUGUUCCUGUGACAAGGGCUUUGAAAGGCGUGCCGAUGGCACUUGUGCUGGCAAAUGCGGUUCGAUAAAGUGUGGGGCCAACGCCACGUGCAGCACGGAUGAGGCAGGGGAUGCAUCCUGUUCCUGUGACAAGGGCUUCGAAAGGCUUGCCAAUGGCACUUGUGCUGGCAAAUGCGGUUCGAUAAAGUGUGGGGCCAACGCCACGUGCAGCACGGAUGAGGCAGGGGAUGCAUCCUGUUCCUGUGACAAGGGCUUUGAAAGGCUUGCCGAUGGCACUUGUGCUGGCAAAUGCGGUUCGAUAAAGUGUGGGGCCAAUGCCACGUGCAGCACGGAUGAGGCAGGGGAUGCAUCCUGUUCCUGUGACAAGGGCUUCGAAAGGCUUGCCAAUGGCACUUGUGCUGACAACUGUGAUGCGGUAAAAUGUGGGCCUGGCGGCAACUGCACGAGGGAUGCAAAAGGAAUUCCAUCUUGUAGUUGCAGCACUGGCUUCAAGCCGUCUUCUGACAAGCUCUCUUGCAUUG